CUCCUCCUUUCCGGUCCCGGCAUACUUUCCUUUUCAAAAUUUCCGUCAGCUGUGCCCUCUUUCCGAAAGUUAAUUGGUGCUCUAAAUAAUCAGUCAAUGUCAUAAUGAUUAGAUGCAAAUAUUCCUCGCGUUAGAGCUCGCCGUUUCCACUGAAGAAGGACAACUGAUAAGGGGCGCACGGGAGCCGUAGGAGGUGUGCCGAUUAACUUUACCAACAUGGUGCAUUGGGGGAUCAAGUUGUUCCACGUGGUUGCUUUCUGCACGUACGCUUACUGCAUCUACUAUUCCGAGGUUCACUUGGACAUUCCCCAGCGGUCUCCAUCCCACAAGAGAUUCGGCCGCUACAAGUACCUCACCCAUUGGAACUUGACAUUCCAGGGGUUGAUGUUCACCCUGAGCUGCUUCCUCGACUUUGCGCCGAUGCGAAACAAGCGAAGGCUGAAGCAGGUUUAUGACCACCUAUUUGUGGCGCUGUCGCUACCGGCGAGCAUGUUUGUGACCGGAUUAUUUUGGGCACUCUACUUCUAUGAUCGAGAGCUGAUUUUUCCAAGAUCACUUGCGAUCUACUACCCAUGGUGGCUCAACCAGCUGUCGCACACCAACAUUACAUUUUUCGCAUUGCUCGAAGCCAAGCUCGUCCACCAUGCCACGCCUGCCAGGAAAGAUGGGUUUCGUACCAUCUUCAUGUUAGUGUGUGCCUACGUCGGAUGGAUCGUGUACCUCGGAAUGGUGCAUGACCUCUGGGUGUAUCCAGUCCUCGAGUACAUGUCCCCAGCCCUGCUGCCGUUCUUCAUUGGCUGCUGCUCGGCAGCCGUAUUUGGCGUGUACAUUAUUGGAGAAAAAAUCAACUACCUGUUCUGGCGUAGCCACCAUACCCGCGGCGAGGUACGAGCAGAGUCCAUCGGAGUCUGAACAUGCAGACUGAUGUUACGGUGCAGCGUGAAGAAAUCGUCUUAUCUAGUCUAAUAGCCCUCGUUGAAAAAUUGCACAGAAAUUGC